GAGUCGGUGGCUGAGAAGAUGCUGACUAAUUGGUUUGCCUUCCUCCUCCACAAGUUCCUCAAGGAAUGUGCUGGAGAACCACUCUUCAUGCUUUACUGUGCCAUCAAGCAACAGAUGGAGAAAGGCCCAAUUGAUGCCAUCACAGGAGAAGCUCGUUACUCCCUCAGUGAGGACAAGCUGAUUCGGCAGCAAAUUGAAUACAAGACUCUGAUCCUAAACUGUGUGAACCCAGAUAAUGAGAACAGUCCAGAGAUUCCUGUGAAGGUGCUGAACUGUGAUACCAUCACUCAAGUCAAAGAGAAGAUCCUCGAUGCAGUAUACAAAAACGUCCCAUAUUCUCAAAGACCAAGAGCUGUCGACAUGGACUUGGAGUGGCGGCAGGGCCGGAUAGCUCGUGUGGUCCUGCAGGAUGAAGAUAUCACCACCAAGAUCGAAGGAGAUUGGAAACGCUUGAACACCUUGAUGCAUUAUCAGGUAUCUGACCGCUCAGUUGUGGCUCUUGUUCCCAAGCAGACCUCCUCCUAUAAUAUUCCUGCCUCUGCCAGUAUAUCCCGGACAUCUAUUAGUAGAUAUGACUCCACCUUCCGCUACACCGGCAGCCCUGACAGCCUGCGCUCCCGGGCCCCCAUGAUCACCCCCGACCUGGAGAGCGGGGUCAAGGUCUGGCACUUGGUCAAAAACCAUGACCACGGAGACCAGAAGGAAGGAGACCGGGGCAGUAAGAUGGUGUCUGAGAUCUACCUGACCAGGCUCUUAGCUACAAAGGGUACGCUGCAGAAGUUUGUGGAUGACUUGUUCGAGACGCUGUUCAGCACAGUGCACCGCGGCAGCGCGCUCCCGCUCGCCAUCAAGUACAUGUUCGAUUUCCUGGAUGAGCAGGCGGAUAAGCAUGGCAUCCAUGACACAGACGUGAGACACACGUGGAAGAGCAAUUGCUUGCCUCUCCGAUUCUGGGUGAACGUCAUCAAAAACCCCCAGUUUGUGUUUGAUAUCCACAAAGGCAGCAUCACAGAUGCCUGCCUCUCUGUUGUGGCUCAGACAUUCAUGGAUUCCUGCUCCACCUCGGAGCACCGCCUGGGCAAAGAUUCCCCUUCCAACAAGCUGCUGUAUGCCAAGGACAUCCCUAGCUACAAGAGCUGGGUGGAGAGGUAUUAUGCAGAUAUUGCCAAGCUCCCUGCCAUCAGUGACCAGGACAUGAACGCCUACCUCGCCGAGCAGUCGCGCCUGCACGCUGUUGAGUUUAACAUGCUGAGUGCACUCAACGAGAUCUACUCCUACGUCAGCAAGUACAGCGAGGAGCUUAUUGGGGCUCUGGAGCAGGAUGAACAGGCACGUAGGCAGCGUCUGGCAUACAAAGUAGAGCAACUCAUUGGUGCCAUGUCUAUUGAGAGCUGAAGAAAGGUUGCGGUGCUCGUGGGCAGCAAAGGGCAGAGGAUUGCAUGGACUCUCGGGAAUUCAGAGGGAGAACAAGCAAGGAAGGCACUGGACACAUAUAAAUACCAAGGCUCUUCUGGAGGAAGCAGAGACAGGCCCAAGGACUGACUGUGUUCCAACUCAUAUAGGAUCCGGUAUGAAAAGGCAGGAAUAGAAAAAAGACAAAGCAUCUCAAUCAAAGUCAAAUCAAGAUGGAUCAUUUUUUUCAAGCAUACAUGGAGAGAAGGAACCUGGAAAGUCUGGAUGUCUCCAUGACUGCUGCUUUGCAUGAAGAUUGUUUGAUGUAUAUU